CCCCCUUUCUAACGGGCACGUCAUCCUCCUAACUAGGCGUUAUGAAUAGGAAGGCCGCUUUUGUCUGACCGAAUGUAUAAAUACCCGCUAUCAUAGUCCGCCUCACCGCAGAGAAACAGAGACACACAGAGAGAUAAAGUCGCAGUCACACAGGCAAAGUGGUCGCCGAUGGUGAUAAGAAGUACAAGAGCGGGGGACAAGAGUGAGAGAGGGGGAGAGAGAGAGAGACUGAAAAGAGAAAUCAGAGAGAGAGAGGAGUGGGUGACAGUGAGUGAGAGAGGGAGGAAGCCAGCAGCGACCUCCUACCCAACAACCUCGGAAGCAAACCCAUAAAAUGAAUUCAGACUCCAGCCCGAGCAGCAGAGCCUCUUCCCCGGACAUGGACGGUAUGUUUCUCCGAGACCACCACCUGCACCACCACCAUCACCACCACGUCGGCUCCUCCGUGUCCUCCUCCACGCAGAGCGGCGACCAGCAGCGCCAGAAGAUGACCGGCGGCGAGCACCUGCGGUCUGGAGACGCCAAGUCAGCUUCUGUGGGGAGCAGCAGCAACAGCAACAAGUACAAACUGAAGAAACAAGUCACCGAGGAGGAAAUGUACCAGCUCCGUCUCAAGAUUAACGGCCGGGAGAGGAAGCGCAUGCACGACCUCAACUUGGCCAUGGACGGCCUGCGUGAGGUGAUGCCCUAUGCACAUGGGCCCUCGGUGCGGAAGUUGUCCAAGAUAGCUACGCUGCUUCUGGCCAGGAACUACAUCCUGAUGCUCACCAGCUCCCUGGACGAGAUGAAGCGGCUGGUGGGGGAGAUUUACGGCGGGCAGUCUUCCUCCACGUCCUCCACCCUGUCGAGCGCGCUACCGGGGCUCACGUCUAUCCGAGCACCCCAUUCCUUGAUGAAGGGCUCACCGGCUGCGCCCCCAGCCCUGCAGCUGGGCUCCGGCUUCCAGCACUGGGCCGGACUGCCGUGUCCCUGCACCAUCUGCCAGGUGCCUCCUCCUCCACACAUCCCCAUCACCUCAACGGGCCUCACGAGACUCACAGGGGAGGGAAAGGACGGGAUGAAAUGAUGUCUGCUGUGUGUGACAGACAGAGACUGAGACAUGUAAUGAUGAUUGUAAAUAGAUAACGCAGGGCAUGAGGGUGGAUUUGGCCUCACUGGUGCAUGCUGUUGUUUAGUCUGUUUUCCUGUUUGACGUAUGAGAAAAAGUAUUUUCCUCCUUGUAACAAGGACUUAUAAAGAUUUGCCAAUUGAAGGUGAAAAGAAAAGUUCUGUCAUGCAACAAGACGCCACGAUCUUCUUGUGUUUGACUGUCUCACAGCACAGUGUGAAAGGCGAAGGAGACUGCAUGAACAUUUUGAUUUAAUUUGUGUGUGUGUGUGUGUG